CUUAAAAGUUCAAUUUAAAUUUAUCAAACCCAUAGUAUACAUAUAAGAGAAUACGCAUUGAAAAUUGAAAGGAUGUUUAAUAGUUAAAUAUGUUGUGACCUGAUUAUUUCUGAUUAUUUCACUGCAUGCGAACAUACCAGUGAAAAAAGUGAAAAUGAUCAAGCCGCUGUUAGUUACUGCUAUCGCCAUGGUGCUUGUUUGUGCACAUAGACCAGAGCUACAGAAAGAAUAUUUCGACAAUGUAGAAAUGUCCUGCAACGAAAACGACACGAUGUUCAAUUUCACGUCAAGUGCGUCCAUUGCAAAACGCUACUGGCUCCUACCAAACGGAACACUAUUGUAUUCGAACACAAAUACGUCCGCCAACGUUGACAUUGCCCCUGACAACUUCACUCUUACGGUAUACAAGAUAUCGGAUACGGAUUUCGGUUAUUACUAUUGCCUACUUGUUAGAUCUGAUAACACGGUGGACACUAUUGCUUAUGGACUCAACACGGACGGACCUUAUUACGGCGACCUUUUGGCGAUUUACUCCCGUAAAGCCAUGGUGGGAGGAAUAGCGGCGGGGAUACUGUUUGCUAUUCUCGCGGGGUUCUGCGCGGUCUGGCAGCUGAGGUACAAGACACGCGUGCGCCGCAACAGGACGGUGGACGAUAUAGAUAAGGCUAUAGACGGGUUCGACUUAAAGGCAUACGAUAACGUAGCGCUAGAGUUGGACGACAAACGGAGUGGAAGCAACGGAGUUGCGACAAGUAGCGUUGACGAGGACAAAGGGACUGACCCGAAGAUUAUAUAUAAAUGAUAAUAAAUAGGGCGAGUUCUGGAACAGUGGUCAGACAAAUUUAACAAAAUCGGCGCAUUGUUCAAUAAUUGCCUCAGAAUAGAAAAAGACGUUCGUUUGAAAUUUAUUCAGAUGGCUCAGAAACAAGUGGACGGUUUAUUUAACCAAGAUCCGUGUGAUUUUCCACAACGUUGGUGUAAUAUAAUUAGAAUUAACCCUUUUAUGCCCAGUGGACUCUCCCAUCCUUCUAAAUUGGAUCAAAUUAUUUCCAAAAGAAGGGCUGUCUAGUAUAUUUAUUUCUGUAUUUAGAAUAUUUCUUACAGAAAUUCCUUUAAGCAAACAGCGCAAACAAACGCUGUUUACCAAGGCAUUUUUUCUCGACACUAGGCAUGAAUGGGUUAAUACCAUUUGUCUGAGUUUGGAGAGGUUGACAUAUUUCGUAAAAAGAUGCUACUUGCAUUCAGUAUUAAAAGGCAACACAUGUAAAUAAAAACAUUGUUUAUAGAAUAUGUUUUUUUUGCACAUAAGCAUUAUUCUGCUUAUUCUAUACCUAAAUUAUACACAUUAAAACAACAUGAUAAA